AAAAAAAACCACAAAUAAACCUCCUCUUCUUUAGUUUUGAAGAAGAAGAGGUUAAAACAGAAAGAGAGAAAGGAAGAAAAGAAAUUGAAAAGUCUUUUUAUAAUUUUCAGAUAUUUUUCUUUUUUGUUUCUUUUUUUCCUAUUAGUUAUGGGGACUGAAAUUUUACGUCCUCAGGAUUGUUUGAUCCAACGUAUUAGAGCUCCUCCGGCGUCUUUGUAUUCACGUCGGAGAAACUAUGGAUAUCCUAACCCUAGUUAUUCCAACAACAACACCAGACCGAGCCGGAGACCGACGGUUCGACAUGAGAAACCGGAUCAGAGACGACAGCGGGCUCAAUCGGAGCCGUCGAUGAUGAUGUCAAGAAGAUCGUCGAUGUCAGAUGAUUCGAAAAUGAUGAUCAAGAGGUCGAGCUCCGAUGAUAUGAAGACGGUGAGAAGUUGUGAUAAUAACAGUGGUCUGGCGAUGGAGAAGGUGAUGAUCUUGAAACGUGGAGAGUCCCUAGAUUCCAUGAUGAAGAAGAAAGGUCCCGCUGCACUGGAAAAAAUGACCGGUAAGUGUGAUGUUUAUGCCGGAUCGGCGUUCUCGGUGUCUCCGGAGCCGAGUUCACUUCCUUUGCCGUCGUUUUUUAAGAAACAGAUUUCAGUUGAUGACUCCGCAACCCGAGAUCUCAAGCGUUUGCUUCGGCUCGAAUUAUGAGACCCGGAUCCGACGCUUGAUUUUAACAUAUAAUCUCGUCUCCGUCAAUUCUUCCUUGAUCUUCAAGUUCCGAAAUUCCCGAGAAUUUUUUUGAACGGGAAGGAGUAGAUCUGAAGUACAGGGAAAAUAAGGGGUGACUUGUAAUAUGUCGAAAUUUGUGGUGUUGACGAGUGGCUAUUUUAGGGUAAAAUCGGUGUAGAGUUGAAAAGAAGUGAAGAAGAGGAGGUUGAAAUGUAAUAUUAGUUUAAAAAAAAUAAAAGAAAGUGUGGGAUAUGUGAUUAGUGUGGGCGGUGAAAUGUUAUUUGUCUGAUCUGUUGUGAAUUAGAAGCGCAAGACUGAUGUCCUGUUGUAUUGUAAAGUAAUCAAGCAAGGAGAUAAAACCUGGGGAAAAUUUGAGCAGAUCAAAUUUCCCUUAUGUUUAA